CCCACGAACAUUCGCUGGUUCGGCUAUACGAGGCACCCUUCAUGCAACCGGGCGGGUCGGCGGGGUUGCGGAUCGCCGGCGUCCCCAGGACCCUGGACAAGAAGGACUGCUACGGUACCACUCCCAACACCGAGCAGUGUCCAAGUAACCCUUUCCCGUGUUCCCCCAGCCUACUCCUAAACCAAAUGUCCUAUCAUAAAAGUCCCUCAAUUAAUCCUAAACUCCCGCACACUCCACACUCACUUACACACAGAGACACACACAAACACUACUCAGAUAACACACAAACUUUUAAAAAACAAAUGGCGGAUCUUAAAACUAAUUUCGGUCUCCUGGUGGGUAGCGGCUCAGUGCCCAAAUCCCACCCUGGCACCCAGGCGACGUCUACCGACGGCGCCCAGGGCCCAGGCUGCCCCACCGUAUCAGGAGGGGGCAAAGACCCGCAAACCAUCGGUUCGACAAUGAUGAAAACAACGACCUCGGCUACUAACAUGGACAUGUCCUCCCUUGCCGAAGCGAUCCCUGUGCCUGCCAGCGCAAGCACAUGGACGCUUGUGGCCCCCAAGCAAAGACGGAAAAACAAGGGGAACAGGACAGACAGACGGACACGAAAACAAACGGACACACAGGCAGACGAACAGACGGACAAAUUGAAAAACAGACCGACGGACGGUAGGGAAAACGGAGGCGGGAAGCGAAAGGAACCCGACUGCCCAAGCGCGGACGCCAGCCACUUGGCCGGAGGAAGCAAAGGUGGAAGCGAGGGACGACCCCCACUAAGUGGCGGCCGGCCUUCUGCGGACACUGGCGCAACCCCUGGCUGUUCCGCAGGCGAACAGGCGAGCGGGCAGGUAUCGGCCCCCGAUCGCAACCCUAAUGCCUCGGGGAAGUCGAGCACCACCACUGUCGGGGCUGGGCAAACCGCAGUCGAGGACAGGGGGAACGAUGGUGGUCACACUGACCCCGACGGGAACCCAAUCCAGGCGCGGGGCGCAACGGGCCCUGGCGGUUCCAACACCGCUCGACCCCCAACUACAACAACAACAAAAACAACAUCCAACAAACCAACAGAUAAAACAGACGCAACAAAGACCUUGAACCCACCUAAAGCGAGGGCACGCCCGCGCUUUAGGAAGCGGAACAGGGGACAGACAAAAGACAGACAGGACCCCGGGACGUCAUCGAGUCAGACGAACAAGAAAAGAGACAGACUUGACGACACGAUUUCACCCAGGGGGGAACACAAACGCGCACGGACUGACGACAGACACACCCGAGAUGCGAAGGGCUCCUAUGCCACAGCAGCCCAAUCGCAUCUGAGCGUCGCUGUAACCACCACCCCCAGAGUUGACCUUACCCAAGAUGAGGCGAAUGCCAUUCAGGCCCAGAUACAGAAGGCGAUUUUCGCGGCCUGUAUCGAGCCUCUGGCACCAGGCCAAACCCGAUACGCCCCGGCGUUUGAGGGUAAGGCCUUCCUCAGCGAGGGUGUACUAAAAAUGUGGUGCCACGAUGACCAAGCCUGUAACUGGCUCAUAAACGUGGUGCCAAAACUAACAUCACCCAGGAGCGGAACAGGGCUCACUGUGAUAAAACAGACCGAAAUCCCAGUCAGGGUUAGGUCGGGACUUUAUGUCCCUGACUACGACGGGGAGAUAGGCCAGCUACACCAGGUCCUAUCUCACCAAAACCCAUGGUACGGAGUGUCACAGUGGACCCUGUUCAGCUACCGUAGAACAACCAGCAGCCCUCCUGGGGUGUUCCUAAUAUUAGGAAUCCCCAAUGUAGAGCUGCCAACGAUUCUGGCGCGCGGCAGGAAGGUCGCCUAUUCCACGGGCUCCAUCUACAUCAGGUUCUUCACGAGUGAAGGACUGAGUGAUGUACCGCCCGGGCAUGACUCAGCGCCUGAAACUCGAGAGGAGCCUGAUGCGGAUCGGGACAUGGAUGUGGAUGGACCAACCGGCCAGCUCCCAGUGACACCUGAGCCUUCCGUGAGUGCUGUCCUAGACAAUAUCGAGGAAGUGCUGGCGGACUCCCGGAUCAAUACGAAAUCACGGGAGAGGAAGGCGACACACAACGCUCCAGACGCAACAGCCCCCGCCGAACAACCACCGGCGCAGAGGGCGACAAAAUAAAAAUCAUCCAGACCAACCUCCAGCACAAACAUCUCGCCACGGCCACGCUACGAAGGCAGCUGGAGGUUGAACCCGAGACCAUCGCACUGAUCCAGGAGCCGUGGGUCAGGGGUAAAACCAUAUGCGGUUUCGGAAGCUGCAAUGGUAAGAUCUUUUCACAUUGCAAUGACGAAGCACCAAGAACAUGCAUUUACAUUCCGCGCUGCAUUACAGCGUCACUACUAACACAAUACUGUUCCAGAGAUCUGACAGCAGUAAAAAUAAAAAAUGGAAUACAACAGGGCGUGGGACUACCACCAAGACCAGUGGUCCUAGUCUCACUCUACAUGCCCAUAGAAGACCGAAUACCAACAAAAGAACUGGUGGACCUCACAACACAUUGUGAGGACAACGACAUAGAUCUAAUUAUCUCUGUCGAUAGCAACGCACAUCACAACCUGUGGGGAUGCACAGCCAACAACAAAAGAGGUGAGAAUCUCAUGGACUUUCUACUAACAACCAACCUAACAAUUACUAACAAGGGCACUGAACCGACUUUCGUGUCGAGUAGGUACCAAACCAUAAUCGAUCUAACCUUAGCGUCAACCAGAGCUGCAGACCAAGUAACGAACUGGCAUGUCAGCGACGAGCCUUCGCUCUCCGACCACAGGCGGAUAUGCUAUGAGCUAGAUCUGAUGAUAACCCAACACGCACCAAAGAGAAAUCCAAGGAAAACUAACAGACUAAAAUACAAAACCUUGCUAACGCAUCAGAUAGGUACAAACAAACCUAACGACAUCGACGAUAUCGACAACAUCGAACAAAACGUAAACAAACUAACGGAGUGCAUUAAGACAAGUUAUGAACAAG